UCCAAACAGAAGCCCAAAACAAAGAAAGAAAAUCAAUUAAGUAAAAGAAGGCGGGAGGCAAAAAGUUGUCGGAUCGAUGGUUCCACUGUCUUGUCCCCUUCAUUUUCCGAUGCUGCUCGGAACCCAUCUCCGUGCGUUUCAGGCCAUGGCGGCAUCCGGGCGGUGCUUAUCUUCUGCAGAUCUGGCUUCUUCCUUUGACCAGCUCAUGCUCGUAUCGCUAUUUCCGUUCACCCCCAUGGAUAUGACCCUUGAUACCAUGAAUGACAAAAGAAAAAAUACUCAACUUUGUUAUCUCAGGUUGUAUCUGACCAAACCGAGCUGUCCGCUUUUGCCCAUGACAGGUUGUAUCUCAGAUGUCUAUGACAAAAAAUGAGGAAAAAACCACUAAGACAUUGUUUGAAGCGGCAAAGAACAACAACGUGAAGCCUUUCUGACAGCUUUGAAUAAUCGCUGAAAUAUCGAUUUGAGUUAUAACUGGGAAGGCAUGUGCAGGACACCAUUUAUGGUGGCAUGUAUGUAUGGCAGUAUUGAUGUGAUCAGAUUACUCCUUGACACGAACAAGAUCUUUGUGGACUUUAGAAGUUCAAAUGGAAAGCCGUCGCUGGAAUUUGCUAAGAAAAGCAAUAUUCCAGAUGAUCUUAGCAACAGAAUUUUGUUAGCCGGGCGUCAUUGGAUUAUAUAUAAUUUUAAAAUCACUCCUUGCCCUUAUCGUUUAUGCUUGGAAAGGCGUUUGUCUUGUCCAUACAUACACAAAAAUGAGGCAGCAAGAAGGAAUCCUGCCUCUGUCCAUUACUUCCCAACAUUAUGUAAGAAUUUCACCAAGGGACAUUGUAGGGAAGCUUUAACUGCAGGUUUGCACACGGACGGACAGAAAUAAGUUAUCACCCUAAUGUUUUGAGAACGCAGAGGUGCUUUCAUGGAGAAAGAUGUAAUCGGUUUGAUACUUGCCGUCAUGCCCAUUAUGGGGAAGAAGAGUUACUGAGAUACCGAGCAGCUGCAGUUCCUGCAGAAUCACCUCAGCCUCAGCAGAAUGCUUGGUUUCCCAUGCAACGACCAGCGCAGCCACAAGACAGCACAGAUGUUCCUGCUAGAGUUCCUUCACAACAAGAAACUCAGCUGCAAGACAACGAUACAGUUCCCAUUGGAGUUCCCAUGCAACUAUCCCAGCCACCAGAAAACGCUGGAGUUCCUCCACUACAAGAGGCUCAUCUGCAAGACAACGAUGCAGUUCCCGCUGGAAUGUCCCAAGAGAGCUUUGGAAUUCCCGUUCAACCUCUGCCGGAAAUUGUACCCGUGGCCCUACCGUCAUUUAGCCCGGAAGAUCUGGCUUCUUCUUUUGACCAGCUCAUGCUCGUCUCACUAUUUCCCUUCACCCCCAUGGAUCUUACCUUUGAUACCAUGAAUGACAAAAGAAAAAAGACUCAACUUUGUUAUCUCAGGUUGUAUCUGAACAAACCAAGCUGUCCGCUUUUGCUCAUGACGUCUUUCCAUCUCCACCAUCUGAAAGAUGUCUAUGACAAAAAAUGAGGAAAAAAACACGAAAACAUUGUUGGAAGCGGCAAAGAACUACAACGUGAAACCUUUUCUGUCUGCUUUAAAUAGUUGCUGGAAUAUCGAUCUGAGUUAUGAACGGGAAGGCGUGCGCAGCACACCAUUUAUGGUGGUUUGUAUGUAUGGCAGUAUUAAUGUGAUCAUAUUACUCCUUGACACGAACAAGGUCUUCGUGGACUUUAGAAGUUCAAAUGGAAAGACGUCGCUUGUAUUUGCUAGGGAAAACAAUAUUCCAGAUGAUCUUAUCAACAGAAUUUUGUUAACCGGGCGUCAUUGGAUUAUAUAUAAUUUUAAAAUCACUGCCUGUCCUUAUCAUUUACGCUUAGAAAGCCGUUUGUCUUGUCCAUACGUACACAAAAAUGAGGCAGCAAGAAGGAAUCCUGCCUCUGUCCAUUACUCCCCAACAUUAUGUAAGAAUUUCACCAUGGGAUAUUGUAGGGAAGCUUUGAACUGCAGGCUUGCACACGGACGGACAGAAAUAAAUUAUCACCCUAAUGUUUUCAGAACGCAGAGGUGCUUUCGUGGAGAAAGAUGUAAUCAGAUUGAUACUUGCCGUCAUGCCCAUUAUGGGGAAGAAGAGUUACUGAGAUACCGAGCAGCUGCAGUUCCUGCAAAAUCACCUCAGCCUCAGGAGAAUGCUUGGUUUCCCAUGCAACGACCAGCGCAGACACAAGACAACACAGCUUUUCUGGCUAGAGGUCCUCCACAACAAGAACCUCAGCUGCAAGGCAACGAUACAGUUCCCACUGGAGUUCCCAUGCAACUACCCCAGCCACCAGAAAACGCUGGAGUUCCGCCUCUACAAGAGGCUCAGCUGCAAGACCACGAUGCAGUUCCGCUGGAAUACCCCAAGGGAGCUUUGGAAUUCCCGUUCAACCUCUACCGGAAAUUGUACCCGUGGCCCUUCCGUCAUUUUGCCCGGAUGAUCUGGAAACAGUGCUCCAGCAGUGGAACAAGUGCCAUGAGCAGCUCUAUGAGGAAUGGUGGCAAUCAGUUGAUGAUCACCGGCGUCAUCCAUAAGCCUUUCUUCACACUUGUGUUUCUUUUAAGCACAUUUUUGUCUUUUUCUUUGCCUUUCUUCACACUUCUUUCUUUUAAGCACAUUUUUGUCUUUUUCUUUUUUUAUGUUUUCUCGUUUUAAUGUUUUGUUGCACAGAUCUAGUUUUCUUGGCAAUACGGAUUUUGAUACCUGCUAAAUAAUCACAACCACUUUUCCUGGUAUGCUUUCGGAUGACUGUGUUGUCACUUUUCUGCUUGCUGAUGAAUUUCAUCCCAAAAAUUGAACUGAGCUAUGUGGAUUCAGUUGAAAAUGUGUAUGCACUAAACUAGGUAGCUCGUUUCAAGUGAUAAGUUCUGAUUUUUCUAUUUGAAUGGUUCCUGCGGGAUACAUAGAAUAAAUUUUGGUACACUGCAUAUUCAUGUUUUGCAAUUCACAUGUUUUAGUUUUUAUUUGUAGCUCUAAUGUGAAUUUGGAAAGGGAUAACUGUCUUGACACUUUUCUGCUUGAUGAUAAAUUUCAUAGCGAAAAUCGAAUUGAUUUGAAAAUGUGUAUGCACUAAACUAGACAGCUCAUUUCAAGUGAUAUUAAGUUCUGGUUUUUCUACUUGAAUGGUUCCUGUGGGAUACAUCACUACAUAUUCAUGUUUUGAAAUUCACAUGUUUUAGUUUUUGUUUGCAGCGAAUUUGGAAAGGACGUCUUGACACUUUUUCUGCUUGCUGAUGAAUUUCAUCCCGAAAAGUGAAUUAAUUUGAAAAUGUGUAUGCACGAAACUAGCUCUGAUGCGAAUUUGGAAAGGGAUGACUGUCUUGACACUUUUUCUGCUUGCUGAUGAAUUGAACUGAUCUAUGUGGAUUGAGUUGAAAAUGUGUAUGCACGAAACUAGGUAGCUACUCAUUUCAAGUGCUCUGAUGGGAAUUUGGAAGGGAGUUUGGAAAGGGACGACUGUCUUGACACUUUUUCUGCUUGCUGAUGAAUCAUCCCGAAAAUUGAAUUUCAUUAUUUGGAAAAUGGAUGUCUACAACAAAAAAUAAUGAACAGAACAUUAGGAUAUUGUUGGAAGCGGCAAAGAGCAACCAUGUGAAACCUUUCCCGAUCGCUUUGAAACGUGACAUUAAUAUCGAUGAGAGUUACGAUUGGGAAGGCGUGCACAGGACACCAUUCAUGGUGGUUUGUAUGUAUGGUGGCGAAAAUGUGAUCAGAUUACUGCUUGACACAAAUAAGGUCUUUGUGGUUUUUAAAAGUUCAGAUGGUAAGACUCCGCUGGAAUUUGCAAGGGAAAGCAGAAUUCCAGAUGAUCUUAUCAAGUUGUGUGGGCGUCAUUGGAAGAUAUACAAUUUUAAGAUCAAGUCUUGUCCAAAUCGAUCAUGCUUAAAAGGCCGUUCGUCAUGUCCAUACCUUCAUAUAAAUGAGCCAGCAAGAAGGGAUCCUGCUUUUGUCCAUUACUCCCCAAGUUUGUGUAAGAACUUCACCAAAGGUCACUGCAGGGAAGCUUUGAAGUGCACGCUCGCACACGGGUGGAUGGAAAGGAACUAUCACCCUGAUGUUUUCAGAAUGCAGAGGUGCUUUCGUGGAGAAAGAUGCAACAGAAUUGAUACUUGUCCGCAUGCCCACUAUGUGGAAGAAAAGCUACCGAGAUACCGACCAGCUGCAGUUCUUACAAAACCACCUCAGACCCAACAGAGCCCUUGGCUUCCCAUACAAUGACCAACGGAGCCACAAGACAACACGGCAGUUCCUCCACAACAACAAACUCAGCUGCAAGACAACGAAUAACCUCAGCCACUAGACAACGCUGCAGUUCCUCCACCACAAGAAGCUCAGCUGCAAGACAUCGAUGCAGUUCCCACAGUGCAACCUCAGCCGCUAGAAAAUGCUGGAGUUUCCGCGCAACAAUUUCAAUCGCGGGAGAAUGUUGCUGUUCCCAUAUAACAACCUCAGCUGCCAGAAAAUGCUGGAGUUUCCGCGCAACAACUUCAGUCGCUGGAGAAUGUUGCUGUUCCCAUACAACAGCCUCUGGGCCAAGAGAGCGUUGAAAUUCCCAUACAGUGAGUGACCUCUGCCAGAAAUUGCACCUGUGGCCCUUCCGUCAUUUAGCCCGGACGAUCUGGAAACAGUGCUACAACACUGGGAAAGUUGCCAUCAGGAGCUCUAUGAGGAAUUGUGGCAAUCAUGUUGAUCGUCACCGCCGUCAUCUAUAAGCCUUUCUUCACUCUUCUCUUUCUUUUAAGCACAUUUUUGUCUUUUUCUUCUUCUUUAUGUUUUCUCGUUUUAAUGUUAUCUUGCUGGUCUAGGUUGCUUGGCUAUGCUGAUUUUGGUACGUGCUAAAUAAUCUCAGCCACUUUUCCUGGCAAUGGAUCGAGACAACAAAUUUAUCUAACAAAUUAUGCAAUCAAGCCAGCGAACUUUAAACUCUUGAUAAAACUCUUAAUAUAGCGCUUUUACAUGUAAUUUAAACAUUCCAACUCUUCCACUUUACUUUAAACAUUUCAUUGUGUUCUUUGUUCAAAAUUUUAACAUUGCUUCUUUCCUUUGCAUUGGUAGA